AUGGAGCGCUGGGUGGUGCUGGACCCGCGGCAGAAGGCGCUGUACCGGGACGUGAUGCAGGAGAGCUACGAAACGCUGAUGUCCCUUGCAGCGCAGGGGCUGGUGAGCGAAAAAGCCGCGGAGGAAGGCGCCGAGGAGCUCGAAGCCCGCCCGUCCCGCAGCCCGGAGAGGGCCAAAACCCUGGGCUCCAACAGGAGGAAAACCAAACGGCCUGACAAAGCCGUGCCUCACGGCAUCGCGAAGACGCCCAAAACCCCUCCGACCCCCAAAUUAGACUGCGUGAAACCUCUCCGUGGGGCGAGCGGCAAGGGGGCAGCGCGGGAGCGGCCGUUCGGCUGCGCCGACUGCGGCAAGAGCUUCCCGUGGGCUUCGCACCUGGAGCGGCACCGGCGGGUGCACACGGGUGAGCGCCCUUUCGGCUGCCCCGAGUGCGGCGAGACCUACAGCCAGAGCUCCCACCUCCUCCAGCACCGCCGCACCCACGCCAGCGACCGGCCCCACAAAUGCGGCGAGUGCGGCAAGCGUUUCGCCGGGGCCGCCGAGCUGGCGGCGCACGGCCGGGGCCACGCGGCCGAAAAACCCCACAAAUGCGGCGACUGCGGCAAAGGUUUCGUCUGGGCGUCCCACCUGGCCCGCCACCGCCGCGUCCACACCGGCGAGAAACCCUUCGGCUGCCCCGAGUGCGGCGAGGCUUUCACCCAAGGCUCCCACCUGGCCAAGCAUCGCCGCAGCCACACGGGCGAGCGGCCCCACCGGUGCCCGGUGUGCGGCAAGACGUUUUGCCAAAGCUCCGACCUGGCUCGCCACCGCCGCACCCACCUGGGGAAGAAAGCUUUGCGCUGCGGGGAUUGCGGCAAGCUUUUCCGAGCCGGGCCGGCGUUGGCCAGGCACCAACGGUGCCACCGGCGAGAGCGAGCCCACCGCUGCGGCGACUGCGGGAAGGGUUUCGUUUGGGCGUCCCACCUGGAGCGGCACCGGCGCAUCCACACCGGCGAGCGCCCCUUCCCCUGCGGCAGCUGCGGCGAGCGCUUCGCCCAGAAAGCCCACCUCCUCCAGCACCGCAAAACCCACUCCCCCGACCGGCCCUAUAAGUGCGGCGAGUGCGGGAAGCGUUUCGGGGAGGCCCCCCCUUUCCUCGCCCACCAGCGGGGCCACGCGGCCCAGAAGAGCUACACGUGCGGCGAGUGCGGCAAGGGCUUCGCGUGGGCGUCCCACCUGGAGCGCCACCGCCGCGUCCACACCGGGGAGAAACCCUACGAGUGCCCCGAGUGCGGCGAAGCCUUCAGCCAGAGCUCCCACCUCACCAAGCACCGCCGCAGCCACCUCCCCAAGGUGGAUUUUUCCCCGGCGAGGACCCGGCCAGAGGGGGAAAAGCCCCCCGCUGCGCCCCGUUGCGCCGGGGGGUCGGCGAAGCCGCCCGGAGACUGCAGUGAAGGACCCCGAGGAAAACUUCGGGAUGGGGACGGAGCAAAGGACAGCGAGUGA